AAAGAAAGAAAUGGAAGAAAUACAUAUUUUAAAAAUUGAAGCCAAAUUUCUCGUAUUAGAGCCUCCACAAAAACCUGUUAAUUGUAAUUAAUAAUUACUAUAUUUGCAUCAACAAACUGCUUAUUUUUUUCAGCUUAAUAUCUGAUAUACGAUACGCGUGUAUCGUCUUUGAAUGUGUUUUAAAUUGGGCAUUCGUUUCACACUGACUCCACUUCAUCCAGUGAUUGGCAGAAAUUUGGCGAAUUAUGAUGACAUGACCUAUUUUGUGAUUUAUUAACGAGCGGAAGGAUGAGAAGCGGAGUUAUUGAAGCUCAGCCCCAGGUCAUAGGUCAUAAUUCUUUUAAUUUGAAAGAGAUUAAAUUUUAAGUUUAUUCAAUGGGAGCGAUUAUUUUGACGAGGCAUCUAAGCAAUCACACUUUGUUUUUCUCCUUUUGCACCUGUAACGACGAUGUGUAAAGUCGUUAACUAGUAUUCACUGAAUACUAUUCAGCAUGUAAUUAAAAUGUGAUAACAGUCAUUAAGUUAAGAUUACGUAUCCGGCAAUGAUUCAGUCUAAAGUUGAUAAAUUUGAAUAUCCGUGUGUAAAUAAACUGUCCACAUAAAAUGAUGACCUUUCUGACCUGUGUUGUUAUAUUCACAUUAUUCCGAACAGUCAUCCCCACUGAUCCCCCCAAUUUGGUCCCCGUUGUCAAAAUCCCCUCAACAAAUCUCAGCACAGGCGUUUUUUACGUCAUCACCAUGAAAAGCAAACCAUCAGGAAUAGUAACUUGGACCGAUAAGAAGGUCGUGCACGAUAUUAAAAAUUUUGUCCAAGUUGACCUCACGCCAGAAAAUCAGAAAGAAUAUCUCCCAGGAGGGCAGUGGUUCUCAUCCGCACAGUGGACAUUCCAACCCCUGAAUAAUUCGUCAUCGUUCUUGCUCAAAAAUCGGGACAAUUUGUCUAGAAAUGUGGCAACUGUGGUUGACGAAAAUACCGGAUACACUUUUCUCUACUGGGAUGACCCAUCGGGACCAUCAAGUUUAAAUACUCCUCUCAAUUACUACUUCAUCACGCCGGUGGGGACCGUGGAUGAGUCCGAGUACAAAAUUCAGCUCCAAUUUUCCCGAUAUCCAGGCAGAUUUGUGACUUGGACUCCGCUGAAGAACGGGAAAUAUUCCCACUUUCUCCAAGUAGCAGCAAAGGGGAGUGAGUAUGACUGGGAUGGGAAGUCGUGGGACAGCACCUUGUUCAAGUUUGAACCUGUGACCAGUGGGACUGUCAUUCGAUUUGGACAUGUAGCAUCGCUAGAAAUUAGGCCGCAAGGGGUCGAAAUAUUGGACAGUAAAGGAACAAUGGGCACCGUGUAUUCCGAAAAGUUUGAGAAUUUUGGACCAUUUCCGACCACAACGUUGAUCAAAACCUCUCUUCCUGACACAUCGGGAGGAAUUUUGACCAUCACGAACCCCACGUUGAGUCCCCACGUCAAACUUCCGGCGAAUUUCACCUUUGCCCUCCCCUCCAAAAGGGGCAGUCCAAUCCUCUUCAACGUCAUCGCGUCCUCUGAAAAUUCGAACAAAACAUAUCUCGUGAGACCACUGAAUCGUGUCCUGCCGCUCCCACCGAACGUGGCCGUGAACGUGGGGCCGAGUAAGGUGAUAAGCUUCACGGUGCAGCAGAACCUCUUUAAAGACGUUGAGUUGCCGUGUGUGCUCAAUGUUCUUGUGACCGGCGAGGGCGACAGGGUAACGGAGGAUGGCGGCGUGGGACGAGGACCACUCCCACCGGAUGUGGUAGAGACCGCUUUGAGGAAAAAGUUGGGACUUCUGGACGAAGUGAGGAUGGAGGGGGAUCAAAUAUUUGUCCGAGUGGGGGCUGUCAUUAAGGGGUCAUUUUUAGUCGGGGUUGAAACAACGCCGUCAAUCGUAUAAAA